AUGGCAGCUUGGUUCACUUUAAUCAUUGCAUGUCUCAGCGCGCAACUAACGCAGAUUUUGGGAUCAGGACUUUUCGAACUCGACCUGCACGAGUUUAAAAACCUUAAAGGUCUGCUGGCGAACGGCGCACCGUGCAGACCGGACUGUCGGACUUUUUUUCGAGUUUGCCUUAAAAACUACCAGGUGCCCGUGUCACCCGGGGACUGUAUAUUUGGCAGUGCUGUCACUCCUGUACUGGGCUCCAACUCAUUCAGGAUGGCAGGAAGCCCUCUCAGCACACCUAUCCGACUCCCCUUCAACUUUGGAUGGCCGGGAUCAUUUUCUUUAAUUAUUGAGGCCUGGUAUUCAUCUCUUGAGGAUCCAGCUCUAGACUCAAACAACCCCGACUUACAGAUUAGCUCUUUUGCCAUCCAAAGACAGUUGGAAGUAGGGGCUGCGUGGACUCAGGAUGUUCAAAGCGGGCAGCAGACAGAGCUAAGGUAUUCUUACCGGUUCACCUGCAAUGAAAAUUACUACGGCGACAGUUGUUCCAAAAAAUGCAAGCCCAGGGACGACCGAUUUGGCCACUACACCUGCAACCCAGACGGGCAGUUAUCCUGUCUCCCUGGCUGGAAGGGGGAAUACUGCGAAGAACCAAUCUGUCUUAGUGGAUGUAGUGAAGCCAGUGGCAAUUGCUCCAAGCCUGGAGAGUGCAUCUGCAGAGAAGGCUGGCAGGGAACUUUCUGCACUGAGUGUAAGAAACACCCAGUGUGUAAGCAUGGCACAUGCCAACAACCCUGGCAGUGCAACUGUAAGGAAGGCUGGGGUGGACUCUUCUGCGAUCAAGAUCUGAACUUCUGCACCCACCACAAGCCCUGUAUGAACGGAGCCACAUGCACGAACACAGGCCAGGGAAGCUACACGUGCACGUGCAGGCCUGGAUUUACUGGAACUAACUGUGAACUGGAGGUGCGGCACUGCGACAGUAACCCGUGCAGGAACAGAGGCCAUUGUACGGAGCUGGACAAUAGCUAUAGCUGCACCUGCCUGCCGGGCUUUGAGGGCACGCACUGCGAAAACAGCCUGCUCACCUGCGCCGAUAUGCCCUGCUUUCAAGGAGGCAAGUGCCACGAGAGGGAUAAUGGUCGCAGCUACUCCUGCGACUGCCCGAGAGGUUACACCGGCCUGAACUGCGAGAAGAAGGUGGACAAGUGCACGACUCUGCCGUGUGCCAAUGGUGGUUCGUGUGUGGUCCUGUCCGGUGUGCGUACAUGCAGCUGUAGACCGGGCUUCACUGGCCAGCGCUGUGAGAUCAACAUCAACAACUGCGCCUCGAACCCCUGCGCUAACGGCGGCACCUGCCACAACCGUGCCAACGACUACACCUGUUCCUGCGCUCUUGGCUACGGAGGUCGAAACUGCGAGCUCUUCGCCGCCCCUUGCUUCUCGGUCAACCUGUGCCUGAACGGCGGCUCGUGCUCCAGCGACGGCCCUCCGACGUGUCUGUGUCCGAGCGGCUUCACCGGGCCCCGGUGCGAGUAUUUUGCCGUCACGUUGCCCGUUCUGCCAGGCGCCAAGGCUCAGGAAGGGUUUCAGUGGGCGGCUAUUUCGCUCGGUGUGGGUCUGGUGGCUCUGCUCAUCCUCCUGUGCAUGCUGGGAAUCGUUCUGCGCCACGUCCACAGGCAGGCCCGCGCCGAAAGGACUCACGCCGAGGCCAUGAACAACCGGUCGGAUACGCAGAGAGACAAUCUGAUACCCACCUCGCAGCUCAAAAACAACAAUAAGAAAGUGGAGCUGGAGGUGGACUGUGAUCCGGAGAAGUCGAAUUAUAUACACAAGAACUACCAUUUGGACUACAUAGCGCCGAAAGAGUUUAAAGAGAGCAAGUCGCAAGAGGAUAAAAGUCUAAAGUACGAAAAGUGUUUAGAAGACAAAAUACAGCUGAGUAAAAUGUACAGUGAAAAGCCGGAGUGUAGGAUAUCAACGAUAUGCUCCCCGCGGGACUCCUUGUACCAGUCUGUGUUUGUAAUAGCAGAGGAGAGAAGUGAAUGCGUCAUAGCGACUGAGGUAUAAAGCUCGGGAAGACGUAGGAACGCACGUUCGGGGAGGGGAACGCGAAAUCAAAGCAGAGUUUUCUGGAUUGUUUACAAAAAACUAAAGACUCAAGGCGUUUUUGUGACGUCCACUGCUGCUCUGAGAAACUUGAGGAACCGAGAAGAGGACGAGCCUGCUCGCUGAACUGUUGACGGAGUGUGUACAAACGUGUACAGUGCUAGAGCGCUUUAUUCGGACCCCUUCCUCUACGGUAUGGUUUUCCUCUCACAAAGGAAAAACAGACCUACUCUGUACUGACUGCGAGGAAAAAUGUUUUUGGCAGAGUAAAGUGCCCCCCACACGGAGCGAACGCGCUCUUGCGAUCUCUCUCACUAUUUUGUGAUAAUCACGAACACGUCAUCUGCCAACCAAUCACUAGAAGGUGCCAGGGACUUCCAAACCUUCAGCCAGCAUUGCCAGCUAUGCAAUAACAGAAAAUGGGGGGGAACAAUCGGAGCCCAUCUCAACCCGCCCUAAUUCUGUUUCGAAACACUGAAUGCCAGACAAAAAAAUACAACGUUUAUAUAAAACGACUCAGUGCUAAGAUUGUAUGCAGCCCGAAUUCACAGAAAAGCCUUAAACGUGGGAUAGGAUGCUGAUUUCGUGCCCUGGGACGUCUCAGAUUGUUUCAAACGAAUAAAAGAAAGCUGCAAUCAACAGGAACCAGCAGGAUUGAGGGGAAUCACAGCCCAUGUGUAGCCUACCAGAACAGAAAAGGACUGAAAACUAAAGAAAGAAAAAGGAAAAGAGACUGGACACCACUGACUGCCUAUAAUGAGACCAAUAAUGUCAUGUUUUUAAAAAAGUGAUUAUUUCCAGAGUUAAUUUAAUUAUGACACACUGCUCUUUAUAAGUUUUAUACUAUUAUUUUGUAUAUAAUGCAUAUUUAUAAGAAC